CGCACCGACGGGCGGCCCCGGGCUCCGCGCUCUGGAAGAUGAACAGAGCAGAUUCUCCAAAACCUCCAGUUGCUCCCAAGCCAAAGACCAGCGGUGUACUCACGCCAGUGACCACACCCAAAUUCCCUUCCUCACCCAGACCCGAAAGUCUCCACAGUCCAAACUUCAUGUCCAGGGGACCAAAGCCCCCCAUUGCCCCCAAGCCCAGGCUGGCUGUCCCCAGUGAAUGGAGAGCCAGCGUGUCUGUGAACAACAGUUUCAACAAAUGCAGCAACGGGAGGCUGCUCUGUGUAGACAAGGGGCUUUAUGAGGGGCACCGUUCCAACCUGGAGUGCUCCGAGUCAGAGACGGAUGAGGAUUAUAUCAUGGCCCCCAGGGCCCCGCGGAAAGAGGACGAACCCAAGGAGGGGCCCUGUGGAGAGAAUACGGUCACAGGGCCCCAAGAUGCCACCGGCGAAGAGGUGCAUGAGGAGGGGGCCGAGGAGAGUGGCAGGGAGAGGACGGCAGCUGGCGAGGACUUGGCAACUCCUGCAGCCCCAGCUGGUGGAGCACCGGGCGAAGAGGAUGAGGAGGGUGCAGACUGCACCCCUGAAAACGGGGACAGUGACAAUGACCCGGGCACCGGGGAGCAGGUGUCCACAAGCGAAGAGGAAGAGAAGCUGGUAAAAGAGCAUAACGUGUACAACAGGGAGGACAACGGGCCUUGGGCUGCAAAGGAGGGCGUCGAGAGUGACAUCAUCCUAACUCAGCUUGGCUCAGAGGACCCAGCAGCCCCUGGCGAGGAGCCCAGGCCCCCUGAGACCCCUGGGGAGGUGGCAGAGGAGGAGGGGGUAGGCUGUGCCAGUGCAGAACCAGGGGGGCCAGGCGAGGACACCGAUCAGGGUGCUGAAGAUGCCAGUGAAGGACCCCCUGAGAACGAGUUGGCCACAGGUGUCCAGGAGGCAGAGAUGGCCGCAGAGAACCCUGAAAUCCCUGAGGAGGAGUGUGAUGGUGCCCCCGCCGCUGAGGACCCAGUGGACCAGGAUGAGCAGAUGGAGCAGGAAGAAAUGGCAGCAGACCCUCGGGAAGGUGAGGACCCUGCGCAGGACGAGGCCCCCGAGGAGAGCUGCCACAUCAUUCCUUUUGAGAGCGACUGUGUCGAUGACGCCGUGACCUCACUCACAGGAAGCCCCUACGAGUUCUUCCAGACCGAGAGCACCUCUUUCUGUAGUGAAAGCUGUUCCCCUCUUUCUGAGUCAGCAGGAGGCUUAGAAUCGGAGCAGGAAGCAAGGUCAGGCGCAUGUGCAGAGGAGGGCCCUGUGGCUGGAACUGUGUGUGACCAGCGUGACCCCCUGCAGGGUGCAGCUGGGGAGGGGGGGCCCUCUGUCCCCGCAGUGGUGGUCAUGCCAGAGGAGGAGGCGGAGGAGGACGCCAUGGACGACGCGCUCACCAACCCCUAUGUGAUGGGAGUCGGCUUGACGGGCCAGGCUGACCCUGCCGAGGGAGGGCAGGCCGAGACUUCAGCUGAUCUGGACACUCUGAGUGACUGUGGCUUGAGAGAAGAAGUGGACGCUGAUGCCGAGGGUGGCCUCGUCCCCACGGACAGGAAAAACCUCAUCACCAGGGCCCGGCCCCACUCCGGGAAGGUGGCUGGCUCUGUCCCGGAAACUGUCCCGGAAGAGACCGGACCAGAAGCUGGCUCACUGGCCUCUGGCACUGCCGGUUCCUCGGAGCAGGCAGGCAAGAUGGUGUUGUCAUCAGAGGGGAAGGCCGGAGAGGCGAGCAGGGCCCUGCCAGCAAAACCCCGGGCCUUCACCCUGUACCCUCGCUCCUUCUCCGUGGAAGGCCGAGAGAUUCCAAUCUCCGUGUACCGGGAGCCGGAGGGCUUAGACGACCACCGGAUAAAAAGGAAAGACGACAACCUUUCCCUGCCCUGUGUCAUCGGCUCCUCUGGGAGCUUCUCACAAAGAAACCACCUUCCGUCCAGCGGCACCUCCACGCCGUCGUCCGUGGUGGACAUCCCGCCCCCCUUCGACCUGGCCUGCAUCACCAAGAAGCCCAUCACCAAGAGCUCCCCCUCGCUGCUGAUCGAGAGCGACUCGCCGGACAAACACACCAAGAAGAAGAAGUCGUCCUUUAAGCGGUUCCUGGCGCUGACGUUUAAAAAGAAGACGGAGAACAAAGUGCAUGUGGACGUGAACGUGUCCUCCUCCAGGUCCUCCUCGGAAUCCAGCUACCACGGGCCCGCCAGGAUUCUGGAACUCAACCCGAGAAGCCUUAGUAGCUCCCCUCAGCUCAAGUCUCGCACGGGGAAGCUCCGGGCCUCGGACUCGCCCUCCUCCCUCAUCUUCUGUCGCGACGGCAAGAGGAAGGGCGUGCCCUUCAGCAGGACGGUGUCCAGAGUGGAGUCCUUCGAAGACCGCUCUCGGCCACCCUUUCUGCCCCUGCCGCUGACCAAGCCCCGGUCCAUUUCAUUCCCCAACGCCGACACUUCCGACUACGAGAACAUUCCAGCCAUGAACUCAGACUACGAGAACAUCCAGAUCCCGCCCCGACGGCCUGCGAGGGCUGGCACAUACACCAAGCUGUUUGAGGAUCAGAGCAGAGCCCUGUCCACGGCCAACGAGAACGAUGGCUACGUGGACAUGAGCAGCUUCAACGCCUUCGAGAGCAAGCAGCAGAGCGCCGAGCAGGAAGCCGAGAGUGCCUACACGGAGCCCUACAAAGUCUGCCCCAUCUCGGCGGUGGCCCCCAGAGAGGACCUCACAUCGGAGGAAGAGCAGAGGAGCUCAGAGGAUGAGGAGAAUGCUCCAAGCCUCACCCACAAGGUGGAAGGACAGUCCAGAGCUCUUGUCAUCGCACAGGAACUGCUGUCUUCGGAGAAAGCAUACGUGGAGAUGCUCCAGCACUUCCAUCUGGAUUUCCACGGCGCUGUCACGAGGGCCUUGGAGGACAUGGACCCAGAGGGCAGGGACCCGCCGGCCCACGAGGAGCUGAGGCAGGGCCUGGACGAACUUCCUGCCAUCCUUGACCUUCACCAGGGCCUCCUGGAGGAGCUGCAGGAGCGGCUGUCUGAGUGGGAGGGCCAGCAGAAGGUGGCCGACGUCUUCCUGACGCGGGAGCAAGGCUUUGAGCACCAUACUGCCCACAUCCUGCAGUUCGACAGGUACCUGGCUGUGCUCGCGGAGAGCUGCCUGCGCUCCCCACAGCUGGCGGCGGCCGUCCGUGAGUUCGAGCAGAGUGCGCAAGGCGGCAGCCAGGGUGUGAAACAUCGGCUCCUGAGGGUGGUUCAGCGCCUCUUCCAGUACCAAGUGCUGCUCACAGACUAUUUAAAUAACCUGUGCCCGGACUCGGCCGAGUACGACAACACGCAGGCUGUGCUGACCCUCAUCUCCAAAGUCACGGACCGUGCCAACGACAGCAUGGAGCAAGGGGAAAACCUGCAGAAGCUGGUCCACAUCGAGCACAGCGUUCGAGGCCAAGGGGAUCUCCUCCAGCCAGGAAGGGAGUUUGUGAAGGAAGGGACGCUGCUGAAAGUGACUGGGAGAAACAGACACCCCCGGCACCUGUUCCUGAUGAGCGACAUGCUUCUGUACACCUAUCCCCUGAAGGACGGGAAGUACCGGCUGAAGAGCUCGCUGCCCGUGGCCGGCAUGAAGGUCAGCCGCCCCGUGACAGAGAAGGUGCCCUAUGCGCUGAAGAUCGAGACUCCGGAGGCCUGCCUGCUGCUGUCUGCGAGCUCCUGUGCAGAGAGGGACGAGUGGUACGGCUGUCUGAGCAGAGCCCUCCCUGAGGACUACAAGGCCCAGGCCCUGGCUGCGUUCCACCACAGUGUGGAGAUCCGGGAGAGGCUGGGAGUCAGCCUGGGCGAGAGACCCCCCACCCUGGUGCCCGUCACACACGUCAUGAUGUGCAUGAACUGUGGCUGCGACUUCUCCCUCACCCUGAGGCGCCACCACUGCCAUGCCUGUGGCAAGAUCGUGUGCCGGAACUGUUCGCGGAACAAGUAUCCCCUGAAGUACCUCAAGGACCGCAUGGCCAAGGUCUGCGACGGCUGCUUCGGGGAGCUGAAGAAGAGGGGCGGGCCCAUCCCUGGCCUACUAAGAGAGCGGCCCGUGAGCAUGAGCUUCCCCCUGUCCUCGCCUCGCUUCUCGGGCAGCGCCUUCUCAUCCGUCUUCCACGGCAUCAACCCUGCGGCCUUCAAGAAGCAGAAGAAAGUCCCUUCGGCCCUGACCGAGGUGGCCGCCUCUGGAGAGGGCUCCGCCAUCAGCGGCUACCUCAGCCGAAGUAAGAAGGGCAAGCGGCACUGGAAGAAGCUCUGGUUUGUCAUCAAAGGCAAAGUCCUCUACACCUACAUGGCCAGCGAGGACAAAGCGGCCAUGGAGAGUAUGCCCCUGCUGGGCUUCACCAUCGCCCCUGAGAAGGAGGGCAGCAGCGAAGCGGGACCCGUGUUCCACCUUUACCACAAGAAAACCCUCUUCUACAGCUUCAAGGCAGAGGACCCCAGCGCAGCUCAGAGGUGGAUAGAGGCCAUGGAAGAUGCAAGUGUAUUAUAGCAGUCGGCAAGCAGGCAGACUUGGAACACUCUUAGGCUGACGUGAACC